AUGGCAGAGGUAAAAGAAACGAGCGUCGACGCUGAAGCUAAGGCCAACCAAGCGGAGGCUGACCUCAAGGCUUUCAGCACUCUUCAUAGAUGGGACCCAAAUUUGGAAAGAGAUAAGCAAGAUGCCAUCGAGAAUGCAAUUCAGAAAGGAGACAGCAAAGCGGAAGUGGCUCUCGAGGGAGUAUUGGAACAAAACUCGCCAUAUCCAGAAGUCAUUGCAGCUGUGCCGGCAGUCGAUGAAGACUUACCGGCGAACACCAUCCGCGCUUGGGUCAUUGGUCUCCUGUUCACCAUGAUCGGUUCCGGACUCAACAUGCUUUUUUCUCUUCGGAACCCAAGCAUCACCAUUAGCUCGCUUGUUGCCCAGCUUGUGAGCUAUCCAGUCGGAAAGCUAUGGGAAAAAUGUAUGCCGGAUCGCCAGUUCAACGUCUUCGGUCUCAAAUUUAAUCUCAAUCCUGGCCCCUUCAAUGUCAAAGAACAUACCAUUAUCGUCGUAAUGGCAAAUGUUACCUUUGGCAGUGGUGUAGCUUACUCAACCGAUACCAUCGAAGCCCUUAGGGGAUUUUACGGGCAAGGUCUCCACUAUGAUUUGGGAUAUGGCUUCAAUCUUCUAUUCACAUUUACGACUCAGAUGCUUGGAUUUGGCCUUGCGGGAUCGUUCCGCCGUUUCCUCGUAUACCCUGCUGCAAUCAUAUUCCCAGUUGUCUUACCUAACUGUGCUCUUUUUCAUGCUCUGCACAAGAAAAACGACGCCACGGACCCGAGUCAGACAAAUGGAUGGUCUAUCUCCCGAUACCGCUGGUUUCUUUACGUCGUCGCUGGCGGGUUUGUUUGGUAUUUCGUCCCGGGUUUUAUCUGGCAAGGUCUGAGUGUUUUUGCAUUCAUCACUUGGAUCAAGCCAAACAGCCCUGUUAUCAAUCAACUGUUUGGUGGCUUCAGCGGUCUUUCGCUAGUUCCCAUUACGUUUGAUUGGACGUACAUUACGUCCCCGUUGAUCCCGCCUUGGCAUGCUAUUGCCAAUGCCAUGAUUGGCCUUGUGGUCUUCAUGAUUAUCACGCCUUUGGGAAUACAUUACACCAAGUCGUGGUAUUCGGAGUACCUCCCAAUGAGUGACUCCGACAGCUACGACAAUACCGCUUCGCCUUACAACGUAACCAGGAUCUUGGAUGAAAACUACAACUUCAGCCUAGCCAAGUACAAAGAAUAUUCGCCAAUCUUCCUUAGCACCACCUUCGCCAUGUGUUACGGGCUAAGCUUCGCUUCUAUUAUUGCGACAAUGGUCCACACCUUCCUGUACCACCGUCGUGAAAUCUGGUACCGCUUCAAAGCAUCGCGUGACCAGGAAGACGACAUCCAUAUGAAGCUUAUGAAGAGGUACAAGGAAGCUCCCGACUGGUGGUUUUGGGCCCUGUUCAUCGUAAUCUUCGCCAUGGGGCUUGGAACUGUUCUGGGCUAUCCGACUCACCUGACCUGGUGGGCGUUCUUCAUUGCUAUAAUUAUCGCCGCCGUAUGGUAUAUCCAGAUCGGACUAAAUGUUUUCACUGAAUUCAUCAUCGGAUACAUGCUCCCUGGCCGCCCGCUCGCCAUGAUGUGCUUCAAGACGCUCGGGUACAUCACCAUGUACCAAGGCCUGCUCUACACUCAGGACCUAAAGAUGGCGCACUACAUGAAAGUGCCUCCAAGGUCGCUGUUCUGGGCACAAGCAAUCGCGACCAUCUGGGGCAGCAUCGUGCAGAUUGUCGUCCUCGACUGGGCCUUCAAGAACAUCAACGGCAUCUGCACCAGCGACCAAUCCGCACGCUUCACCUGCCCCAACGGGCGCGUCUUCUUCAACGCCUCCAUCAUCUGGGGCGCCAUCGGACCCGGCCGCAUGUUCUCUGGCUCCGCAAUCUACAGCAACCUGCAGUGGUUCUGGCUCCUCGGCGCCGUCACGCCCGUCAUCUUCUACUUCGCAGGGCGGACGUGGCCGCGCUCGCCGGCACGCUACCUCAACGCGCCGGUCAUGUUUGGCCAGCUUUCCUACAUUCCGCCUGCGACGCCGUUGAUCUACCUCAGCUGGGGCAUCGUCGGUUUCGUUUUCAAUAAGCUUAUUCGCUCGCGCUUCAGACCCUGGUGGCUCCGCUAUAAUUACAUCACGUCUGCAGCGCUGGACUCGGGUCUUGCGCUUAGCACGAUUGUCAUAUUCUUCGCGCUGCUGCUGCCGCAGGUCGACCCGCCCAACUGGUGGGGCAAUCGCGUCGUCCAGUCUACCAUGGACGCGCAGGGCACGGCGGUGCAGCGGCAGGUAGCAGACGGGGAGAGAUUCGGGCCAAGUUCGUGGUAG